AUGGAGCAAAACCAAACCACUGUGAGCAGAUUCAUCCUUAUCGGCCUCUCAACAGUUCCAUACCUCAAGACUGCCUACUUUUUUCUGUUCUUGGCUAUGUAUAUAGUCACUGUUUUAGGAAAUGUUGUGAUAAUUGUAGUUGUAAGAAUUGAAUCACGACUGCAUACCCCAAUGUACUUCUUCCUGAGUAAUCUCUCAGCCAUCGACCUAUGUUUCUCAACUACCAUAGUGCCAAAGCUCUUGGUUAACACAUUAGCUCAAGACAAAAGUAUUUCAUUUUUAGGAUGUGCAGCCCAAAUGUACUUUCACUUAGCUCUUGGGGGAACAGAAUGCAUAAUAUUGGCAAUCAUGGCAUAUGACAGGUAUGUCGCUAUCUGUAAUCCUUUGCGUUAUAACACUAUCAUGAAUAAAAAGUUCUGUCUUACUAUGGCUGUUGGAACAUGGUCCGCAAAUUUCUUAAAUUCUAUCAACUAUGCAUUUUUUACUUUUCAGCUACCUUUUUGCAAAUCCAAUCAAGUCAACCACUAUUUUUGUGAGAUGCCUCCACUCUUCAGGUUGUCUUGUAGUGACACACUUUUGAAUGAAAUAUCAGUGUAUAUCUCUGGGGGCUUAGUAGGUCUUUGUGCAUUUUUGUUGACACUCUUAUCAUACAUCCAAAUCAUCUCCACCAUUUUGAAAAUCCGCUCCACCCAAGGAAGACACAAGGCUUUUUCCACUUGCACCUCUCACCUCAUUGUUGUCUCUCUCUAUUAUGGCACCAUUGUAUUUAUGUAUUUACGACCACGCCACAGUUAUUCACCGGAGAAGGACAGAGCUGUGUCCAUUCUUUAUACAGUAGUGACACCUAUGCUAAACCCCAUCAUUUACAGCAUACGGAAUAAAGAAUUCAAAGGCAUUCUAAAAAAGAAAUUGGUCAAAAAAUUGUAUUUAUAA